CCUCAUCAUUUCUAUAUAAUCCAAUUUUCACACAACAUCACUCUCUUCACUUUCAAAAAUUUAUUUCAAAAAUGACAAAGUUGUUGGCAUCACCGUUUAGCUCAUUACUCGCCGUCGUUUUCAUCUCCGUCAUAUCCGUCGUCCGAUGCUGCUCUCCUUCCGAUCAGACGGCUCUAAAUGCUUUCAAGUCUUCACUGAGCGAGCCCAACCUCGGCAUCUUCAACACUUGGUCCGAAAACACCGACUGUUGCAAGGAAUGGUACGGUAUUAGCUGUGAUCCAGACUCGGGUCGGGUCACUGAUAUUUCUCUCCGGGGCGAAUCCGAAGACGCAAUUUUCCAAAAGGCAGGCCGGUCAUCAGGUUAUAUGUCCGGUUCGAUUGACCCGGCGGUUUGUGACUUAACCAUACUCACUUCCCUCGUCCUCGCCGACUGGAAAGGAAUCUCCGGCGAGAUUCCGCCAUGCAUAACAUCCUUAGCCUCGCUCCGUGUCCUCGACCUUGCCGGAAACAGAAUCACCGGCGAGAUUCCCGCGGAGAUCGGUAAACUCUCCAAACUCGUUGUUCUAAACCUCGCGGAGAAUCGGAUGUCCGGCGAGAUCCCACCGUCGCUGACGUCACUCACCGAAUUAAAGCAUCUUGAGCUAACGGAAAACGGUAUCUCCGGCGAGAUCCCGGCCGAUUUCGGAUCGUUGAAGAUGUUGAGCAGGGCGUUACUGGGCCGUAAUGAGCUAACCGGGUCACUUCCAGAGUCGAUCUCGGGUAUGAAACGGUUAGCGGAUCUGGAUCUAUCCAAUAACCAUAUCGAGGGUCCGAUACCCGAUUGGGUGGGUAAUAUGAAGGUACUCUCUCUUCUGAAUCUCGAUUGCAACUCAUUGUCGGGUCCAAUCCCGGGUUCGCUUCUCAGCAAUUCGGGUUUUGGUGUUAUGAAUUUGAGCCGAAAUGCGUUGGAAGGAUCCAUACCAGAUGUUUUCGGGUCUACAACAUAUUUCGUGGCGCUUGAUUUGUCCCACAAUAGCUUGUCGGGUCGGAUCCCCGAUUCACUGACAUCAGCUAAGUUCGUGGGCCAUCUCGAUAUUAGCCACAACAAGCUUUGUGGGCCUAUUCCAAUGGGUUCUCCUUUUGAUCACCUUGAAGCGUCGUCGUUUAGUGACAACGAGUGUUUGUGCGGUGGCCCUUUGAUGAAGUCAUGUUAAUAAUAAAAUAAGGGAUAUGGCUCCGGUUUUUGCUGAACCAGGGGAUCAAGUUUCGUGUUGCUCUUGUUCGUGUAUCCAAUCUGUCAUUUUUCUUUUAGUCUUUUCUAUUAUUCUUCUUUCAAAAUUUUAAGUUGUACUUCAGCUAAUAUGUUCUAUUGGCAACGAAUGGCUACACCGAGCCAAUCUGUUUCUCGGUGUAACGAAUACGGUAGCGCAUGUAUAAUUAAAAGAAGCAAUGUUAUAGACUUAUAGA